AUGGCGGCGGGGCCUGGUGUCGCUAUGCAGAGCGGCAGUCCAGCGAGGGAACUUUCUGUCUCCGUACAGCCAGGAGGAAAUCAGACUCAUGGAGAACGGGUCAAAACCGAAGAGGUGACAGAGGCAGAGAAGCAGACUCGCAUGGCCGCCCUGCUUGAGAGGCUUCAUGCGAAACACAAUGCUUCCCGGCCAUGGCAAGAGACCUGCAAGGUUGUUCGUCAGGCCAUGGAGAAACGUGGUGCGAUGAAUGCAGCAGGUCACCAGCUCCUGCUCACCUGCUUGGAGACGCUGCAGAGAGCGCUGAAAGUGUCAUCUCUGCCCUCCAUGACAGAUCGGCUAGAAUCCAUUGCUCGGCAAAACAUGUUGGGCUCUCACCUGAGCCCAUCAGGGACGGAGUGCUACAUCACAUCAGACAUGUUCUAUGUGGAGGUGCAGCUGGACUCCGGUGGCCAGCUAGUGGACGUCAAGGUGGCCCAUCAGGGAGAGAACCCUACGAGUUGUCCUGAGCUCAUUCAGCAUCUAAGAGAAAAGAACUUUGAGGAAUUUUCCAAACAUCUUAAGGGCCUUGUUGAUUUAUACAAGCUUCCCGGGGACAAUAAGCUGAAAACCAAGAUGUAUAUCGCGCUGCAGUCUUUGGAGCUUGAUCUCACCAAGAUGAUGCACAUGUUUCGGUUAGCAACCAAUGCUAAUACAGUGGAAACUAUUCUUCAUGGAAGUGUGGGCUUGCUGACAGCCAGGAGUGGUGGCCAUCUGGUUUCUCUUCAGUGCUACGUGUCCCCUUAUGACAUAUUUGAAGAGGGAACGGGCACACAGCUCAACUUAACAGACAACAAUGUGCCGCGCUCUCUGGGUGUCAGUGUUUCUGUGACCAUCGAGGGAACGUCUGCUGUUUACAAGCUUCCCAUCGCUCCGCUCAUCACUGGAUCCCACCCAGUUGACAACAAGGGGACGCCUUCCUUUUCCACUGUGACCAACUCCAACUGCGUGGACUUGCCAGCUUGUUUUUUCCUGAAGAUGAACCGGCCCAUGCCUUUCUCCCUCUCCUUCAUUCAGAGGAUGGGCAAUGCCACUUCGAUCCCAGUGUUUGAGACCUCACCCAGCCUCUCACCUCUCUACCAGUUAGUUGUCCAGAGCCAGCUUCAGCUCCUGGAAGAGGGCAGCUCCAUGCCGCCGCCCUCACACAACAUGCACUUUUAUUCUGUGUUGCCAGAUCAGCAGCACUGUUAUUUUCUGAACGGUGAUGCCCCCGUGCAAGAUGGCCGCUCUCUUCAAGGAGCUCUGGUGUCCAAAAUCCCCUUCCGUCACCCAGCACAAGUGCCACUACUGUUGGAUAUCAUUCGGCACCAGGCUGCCUAUAAUACCUUGAUUGGCAGCUGUGUCAAACGAACCUCCGUCAAAGAAGACAGUGCAGGCUUGCUGCAGUUUGAAGUCUGUCCUCUUACUGACUCAAGUUUUAGCGUCUCUUUCCAGCAUCCAGUCAACGAGUCAUUAGUCUGUGUGGUGAUGGAGGUGAUUGACUCCAGACAGGUAUCCUGCAAGCUAUACAAAGGACUGUCGGAUGCUUUGAUCUGCACGGAUGAAUUCAUCACCAAGGUAGUCCAAAGAUGCAUGUCCAUCCCAGUCACCAUGAGGGCCAUUCGAAGGAAAGCAGAGACCAUCCAGGCAGACACUCCAGCCCUCUCGUUAAUUGCACAGACAGUGGAGAUCAUGGUGAAGAACAACCUGCCACCCUCUGGUAGUCCUACCUAUAACAUGGCAGCUGGUGAUGGAACUAACCUUAUGGGACUCCCUGGCCUCACAGGGGGCAACACACCUACUGGAGGAGGACCCCCAGGGGGACCUAAUUAUACAGGUCCAAUUGUCUCUCUGUUUGGGAUGUCCCGAACAGAAAGGCAAGCCCAAGGUGGAGAGUGCCUAACCCCAGGAGGAGUGGCUGGCCAGCAACAGCUGCAGCAACAACACCAGCAACAACAGCAAGGUCAAGGCCACUCGGAUGACUACAGCAAAGUCACGCAGAAUCCCAUACUGACAAGUCUACUACAGAUAACUGGAAGUGUGGGUUCUAGUCCGAGCUCCCAGAAUGCACCGCCACCCCACCAGACUCCACCCCCAACAUCCUCUCCUGCCAGCAAUACCAAGAACCAUCCCAUGUUGAUGAACUUGUUGAAAGACAACCCGACACAAGAUUUUGCGACACUGUAUGGCUCCAGUCCUUUAGAGAGACAGAAUUCUUCAUCUGGUUCUCCACGGACAGAAGGCAUAGCUGGAGCUUGCCCCGGAAACGUAAAGGGAAAGAAGAAGCGCCCGAGGGGAACAGAAAAGGGUGGCGUGUUGCCUGGAAAUGCUGCAGCUGGUGGAGGUGGUGGGUUAGGCAUGAAAUCCCAACAGACGUCCUCCAUGCCACAGCACCACCAGCACCAUCCAGUCACUCAUGAGGAUGAUUUCCAUCGUGAGCUCCUUUCUAUGGAUGUGGACGCAUCUCAAAAUUCUAUCUUUGAUGUUAACCUGACAGGUGAUGGCCUAGACACACCUCAUAGCAUCACUCCAGCACCGAGCCAGUGUGGAACACCACCUUCUGGCCCCAGCAUGCCUUAUUCACAAUCUCAUGUCCAGUCUCAGCAACAGCAGCCACCUGGUACUGUACCACCUCGUAUGGGUCGUCUCUCUAGCUCUGACAGCAUUGGACCUGAUAUCACAGAAAUCUUGUCAGAUUUACCUGAGCAGACCGGCAAAGGCAGCAGUAGCAGCCAUGGGCAGCACCCCAUGGGCAGUGGUGGAGACGAUGGAGGUCCCCUAGGUACCCCCAUCCGUGACUCCUCCAGCUCAGGCCAGGGCAGUGCAGUAUUUGACUCAGCAGACAUUUUCAAUACCAACAGCAAUGAGAAUCCUUUCACAGAUGCUGCUGACCUGAUUGCUGAGGCAGCUGCAACUGCCGCCACUCCCACAAGUGACUCCUCUUCCACCAACUUCUUUCCUGAUGCUGCUGACUUCAACCCUGACCUCCUGUCCUCAGGCCAUGGUUUCUCCCAAAGCUACUUUGAUGACAGUUCUCCAAGUGCUGAUGGAGACAUAGACCUGGUGAAGGGUUUUGGAGGAAGUAGCCAGCAGAAUACCCCAUCAGGAACACCUCAGAAUCCUACUCCACAUGGACAGAGCACCCCAGAGCCCUCGCUGAAGGACCCUUUUGAUAUGGGGAUUUUUGGAGGUGGUAGUGGUAAACCGCUUCUGGGGCAGGCUCCUGAUUUGGGAGACACACAUGGUGGAGGGUCCCAAAGCCCACUCAUGAUGAGCCUCGCAGCAGCUUGUGGGGAUUUUAAAAGUGCAGAACCCAAAGUUAAACCACAGGGCCCCAUGAGGCCAAAGGACGAGAAUGGGGGCAGCGGAAGCAGCUCUGGAAUUGGAAUGGGAAGCAGCUCAACAGAGAGCAAACAGGUCAAACGUAGCAGAACCCCAUCCAGUGAGGGAAAGUCCAAGGAUAAGCCCCCAAAACGCAAGAAGCUGGAUCCUGAUGGGAAGUCUCCGUCUCACAGCUCAGGGGGCCGACCUUAUACACCUCCUAGUGGUGGCUCAGGCUCUGGGGGAAGCAUAAGUGGAGGAGGCUCCAAGUCUCCUGGUAGUUCAGGACGCUCGCAAACCCCCCCUGGAGGGGCCACACCUCCAAUUCCCAAAAUCACUAUUCAGAUCCCAAAGGGGACCAUAACUGGAGGGAAAACCUCAUCUCACAGUGGAUACACCUCCAGCAGCUCAGCUACAAGCAGCACAGGAGGAGCAGGAGGAACCAGCAGCAGCAAAAGUCAUCAUUCGCACUCAUCUUCCUCAGGAAAGAUUAAGUCCAAGGAAGGCUCUAUGACACAAGGCAACAGCUCCAAGCCUGGGAGUGCAGGAGGUGGAGGUGGGCCUUCCCAGUCUAAAGGGUCCUCCCAGGGAAUGGGUGUUGGCAAACCCGGAUCCUCCCCAAUCACCAAACAUGGGCUCUCUGGUCCUGGAGGAACUGGAGGUGGAAUUGGAAGUGGUAAUAAAAUUAAGCCGCAGGGAGGCAAGCCUCCUGGGUCGCUUAUGAAUCCCAACAUUAAGCCCAACAUCUCCCCUUCCCAUUCUCGCUCCAGUAGUUCUGGUGACAAGUUGUCCUCCCCAAUGAAAAUGCAGCAGUCCCAGGUUCCAGGAACUCCUCCCUCUUCCAAGGCUAAAUCUCCAAUGGGCUCGGGCGGUGGCAGCUCUGGUGGGUCCAAGUCUUCUUCUAGUGGAGGUAUGAGCUCUCAGAAGCCAAUUGGUGGAGGCUCUUCCUCUGGCUCCACAUCUUCCUCAUCGUCCUCCAGCUCCUCCUCAUCCUCUGGUUCCAUGGGCUUCUCAGGAGGCUCCCAGUCUCAGUAUGGCGGUGGUGGAGGUGGAAGUGGAGGGGGAGGAGGAACAGGUGGAGGGAGUGGAAGUGGCGGAGGAGGUGGCGGAAGUGGGGGUGGAGGUGGAAGUAGCGGAGGAGCUGGUCAGAACAACUCAAAUAACCCCAAUGCCAAAGGGAAGUCUCCCAGUCGAAACAAGAAGCCCUCUCUAACAGCAGUCAUAGACAAGCUGAAGAGUGUAGGGGGAGGAGGAGUCGGGGAGGAUGGUUGUGAGGUUGGGCCACCAGCAGGGGGAGCUGGUUCGUCUUCUGCUCCUGGUGGUGGUCCUGGAAGUGUUCCCGGUGGACCUUCAAACAUGGGCUCUUCCAAGCAUGCCUCAUCCUCCCAAAGUGGGGAGUACAAGCGAGAAAAGUCUGAUAAAGAGGCUAAAGCAAAGGUGUCAGUGUCGGGGGGAAACAGUGGAGACAAAAAGCUGAUGGACCAAAAAUCUGGUGGGGUGGGUGGAACCACUCUGGCCAAAAUUAUCAUCAGCAAACCAGAUGGUGGCUCACCAAGCAUCAAGGCUAAAGUCACCCUCCAGAAAGCAGGAGAAGGAUCUGGUGACUCCAUGCGCCCCCAGAUUUCUAGCCUCAAAGCCUCCCCCCUCUUCAGCGGCUCCACUCCCAAGCACGACCGCUCCUCCCCCAGCCACAGCCGCUCGCCAGGGUACACCCCGCUCAACCACGACAGCGAGAGCGAGUCGGGCAGCAGCUCGGUGGCCGAGAAGUCCCACCAGAACAGCCCGAGCUCAGACGACGACCAGACCAUGCGCCCCCUUCCUCCCCAGGACUACAUGAGCUCGAUCCCACUCAGCUCGGGGGAGAAACACAAGAAACACAAGAAGGAGAAGAAGAAGCAGAAAGAGAGAGAAAGGGAGAGGGACAGAGAUCGAGACCGAGACAGGGAUAAAGAGAAGAAGAAGUCCUCCAUGUCCAUGGGGCCGUCCUCGCAUCCAAUGAAAGCAGACAGUUGGUCACGGUCGCCCAUCUCAGCUUCAGACUCCUCGCUGUCCAUGCUCGGUUCAGAUCGUCCAUCCCGACCCAGUCCUAUGUAUAUGAGGAAUGAGGAUGAUGACCUCAUGGACUCAGCCCUCACUGGCAACCUUUGAUUUGAUUAAAGCGUCUUUUACUGUUCAUGCCUUCUAACACACAAAGUAUUUAUUUAACUCGAGCCGCAAAUUGGAAAUGGUUGAAGACUAUUGUGGCGCUCUGAGUGAUCAUUAUCCUGUUGAAGCUGCAUUUUAACGGCAUAUUUUACUAUGUGAGUAUCAGUGUCUAAUGUUAGAGGAUGUCCAGAGCCACCUCCAGUAUCGGCUUCCUGCAGCUUCACUUAGGAAGUGGCUUUAAACAGUAUAUUUUCUGAGACGUUUUUGUGUUUCCUGUGAUGUCAGAAGGUUUUUACUAUCGGUAAAUCUUUCUUACUUCAUGUUCUUUUCACAUUUAAAGCGUCUGCGGUGUGCACGUGUCGUUUAAAAUCCUACCAGGUUGCCACUAAGCUGUAUGUUGUCGAUAAAAGAUGACAUCUGUCGAAAGUAUCGUAAAGAGAAGAAAGGUGCAGUUGCCUUGUUUUUCAGAUACAACUGGAAAUUUUUAGAUUUUGAUACCUUUUAAAUUGUUCAUGUGUACAUUAGUGUAGGUAAAGAAGACUACCGGAUGAUGAUGAUGAUGAUGAUGAUGGAGGAAAAAAGACAUGCUGGUAAUUUUUUAAACUGUAGAACUUUUGGAAGCUCGAAAUAAACAUUUCACUUCUGGAGAACA